GGCCUCGGUUGCCGGGGUAACGGGACUCGGCUUUCUCUUGGGCUCCCCUUCUAUUUUUAUUUAAAAAAGAGAGCUGAAUUCAGAUCGUCCACCCCCUGCCAUGCCGCUGCGCGUUAAACUUAACGCCCCCCAGUAUUUGGGACUCGUUCAUUUAGCGAAAGUCGACCCGAGAAUCGACGUGAAGGGCCCUAAGUCAGGGCGUUUGUAAGCAGCAGGGGUCUCAGCCCUGUGUCCUCCAGCGGCGGCAGAGCUGUGGGGUCAGGGCGGGGUAGGUGCGGAGUGUGUGCCAACGGAGGGGCGGCCUCAAGUCUGGCGUCUGGGAACGGGGGGCGAGGACAGUGCCGCCAGCCGUGCGGUCACCCUGGCGCCACGUGCACACCUCGCUCCCCGGACCUCGGGUCUUGGGGGUCCGCGCGGAGGCAUCCCGGCCCGUGCGCAGAAGUGGCGCUGGGGACGCCGAGGGGACGAGCCGGGGUGGGCCCUGGGGCCCGACUCCACCUUCGGGUCGAUGAAACACUGAACCUUCCAUCGCUGGAGAGGAAUAGUAUGGUACAAAGAACAGUGAUUGUCAUACAACUGGAAAGAAAAGCAAAGAAAAUGCUUUUUGUUUUAGUUUGGACAGUUAAACAGAAACCUCAUUUUUAGUAUGAAGAACGGAGGAGGAAGAACAAGCCGGAUCAGAAGACGAAAACUCUUCAGAAGUUCUGAAUCAAGAGGAGUGAAUGAGAGCUACAAGCCUGAAUUUAUAGAGCUUAAGAAGUGGCUGAAAGACAGGAAGUUUGAAGAUACAAACUUGAUUCCUGCUCGUUUUCCAGGUACAGGAAGAGGACUGAUGAGCAAGACGUCCCUGCAGGAGGGACAGACGAUUAUCUCAUUGCCUGAGAGAUGCCUGCUCACCACGGACACAGUGAUCAGAAGCUACUUAGGGGCGUACAUUGCUAAGUGGCAGCCUCCUCCAUCUCCUCUGCUGGCUCUGUGUACCUUUUUAGUGUCAGAAAAGCACGCUGGGGAUCGGUCUCCCUGGAAGCCUUACCUGGAGGUUUUACCAAAGGCCUACACCUGCCCAGUUUGUUUGGAGCCGGAAGUGGUGAAUCUUCUUCCCAGCCCUUUGAAAGCAAAGGCCUGGGAGCAGAGAAGCCACGUGCGGGAGUUCUUUUCUUCUUCUCGAGGCUUUUUCUCCUCCCUGCAGCCUCUGUUUUCUGAGGCCAUUGAGAGCAUCUUUAGCUACCGCGCCCUGCGGUGGGCCUGGUGCACCGUCAACACCAGGGCUGUGUACAUGAAGCGCCCGCCGCGGCUGUGCCUUUCCCCAGAGCCAGACACCUGCGCACUCGCCCCCUACCUGGAUCUGCUGAACCACAGCCCCGACGUCCAGGUAAAAGCAGCAUUUAAUGAGGAAACUCGCUGUUACGAAAUUAGAACAGCUACACGCUGUGGCAGACACAAGGAGGUUUUCAUCUGCUACGGCCCCCAUGAUAACCACCGCCUGCUUCUGGAGUACGGAUUCGUCUCCAUCCGCAAUCCUCAUGCUUGUGUUUAUGUCUCAAAAGAUAUGCUUGUUAAAUAUCUUCCAUCCACUGAUAAACAGAUGAACAAAAAGAUUUCCAUUUUGGAGGAUCAUGACUUUAUAGAGAACCUGACCUUUGGAUGGGAUGGACCAUCUUGGCGGUUGCUCACAGCUCUUAAAUUGUUAUGUCUGGAAGCUGAAGAAUUUACAUGCUGGAAAAAAGUACUUCUUGGGGAAAUCAUUUCUGAUACAAAUGAGAAGACAAGUUUGGACGUAGCCCAGAAAAUAUGCCGUUAUUUCAUAGAGGAGACUAAUGCUGUGCUUCAAAAGGUUUCUCGCAUGAAGGAUGAAGAAGUGGCUUUGAUGAACCAAUUGACUUUGGUAGAAACACUGUGGACCGAAGAGUUGAAGAUUCUCCAGGCCUCUGCCAAGGCCCUGAUCACCUUGCAAACAGCUUUUACAUAACACACUUUACCACGUGUGUAAGGUCACCUCCUCUGGUGGGUGUGACUUCUUUAAACAUUUUUAAACUCAGGUUUAUUUUAUAUGGACUCACUGAGAGUCAAUGAAGAGUUUCUAUUAAACAGUUAUCUGCUCAGUCCUA